AAAUUAACCAUAUUCCUCUGAUGGCUUCCUAUAACUUCCAAGUAGAAGAAUUUGCUCAUUUUAGUUGAUAUAUAUAACCUUCAAAACCUCCUUUACUGUUUGUUUUUCUUCUUCUAUUUUGUUUCUGCUCAACAAUAAUUUUGUCAAUUCACAGCAUUCCUUUCUUUUUUUGAAUAAUUUUUUUUUCGCAGCAUUUACUUUAAUUCUCCAUAAUUUAAUUUUUCAUUCACGCUUCUUGCUUUAUGCUAAUUUCUCUAAUCUACAAUGCGUUUUUUGAAAUCUCACUCAAACAAUUCUUCUGAACAUUCGUCUCACUCAAGAAUAAUUCCAAAUUUAAAUGACCUUGCCAACUCUAUCAUCGUCAAUAAGAAGCCCUACACAUUAACUCUUUCACUCGAAAGUCCACCUUUAAUAUUUUACGGCUCUCCAAAAAAUUCAAGUGGUGCUUUAUUAUCUGGUUUACUCAUUCUCAAGAUCCCCAACAAAAACUCUUCCGAUUCUAUCCCCUCUGAUCCAACCACAAUCAAUUCAGUCCAAAUAAAAUUACUUCAAAUAGUUAACUACUCUAAACCCUUUUUACCACCUUCCUCAGUUAUAUCUUCUUGUUCCAAAUGCAAACACAAAACAACAGAAUUGGCAAGAUGGGAUGUCUUAGUUUCUUCAACUGCUUUCUCUCCAGGUCGUCAAGUUUAUCCCUUUUCUCAUCUUUUGCCUGGAUCUUUACCUGCAAGCAGCGUCCUUGGUUCAACCCAUACUGCUACUAUAACUUAUCAAUUAGUUGCUACAUCAAAAUGUCUAUACAAAAAUAAAGAAACAACUGUUGACACAACAUUACCUCUAAAAAUAAUGAGAUCCUUUUUAAAAGAACAGGAUAAACAUUCUCUCAGAGUAUUUCCUCCAACAAAUGUUACUGCAAGUGCUACUUUACCUAACGUAAUCUACCCUAAAUCCAAUUUUUCAAUUGAAUUAAAACUAGACGGAAUGGUAGACAAAGAAAAUAAAAAAAGAUGGAGAAUGAGAAGAAUGAAUUGGAGAAUAGAAGAAAAUGUGAAAGUUCGAGCAAAUUGUUGUUCAAGUUCUUACCAUGAUACUAAACUAAAAGUCAUACAGCAACACAUUAAAGAAACUCAACACACUUUCCCUCCUAAAAAAUUAUCAACCUUUAACAUGAUUUUUACCAAUUCAUCUGUCAGUUCUGUGGAUCAAUCUCAACAAAAUAGAGAAUUAGACGAUGAGCUUUUUGACAAUAAUCAAAAUAAUUCAACUCCAAGCUCAAAUGAUAAUUUAUCAGAAAGUAAUACCAACCAAAGUGAGAAUGAAAUAUCUGAUCAUGAUCUGGUUUUUUCUAACCACGAUAGACCUGCAACUCCUUCUACUCCAUUAUCCAUUACUUCUUCCACUUCUUCUGCUCCUCAAACUAAAUCUAAAGAAGAAGAGGCUCUUUUUCUUGAAGAGUUGAGAACUAUUGCUUUUGGUAGCGCUAAAAGUGGAUGGAAAUCAGAUUUCACUGGAAAUGGCUGCAUUGAAUUAGUUGCAAAUAUUGAUGUUCAACGUGUUUCAACUGGGUUUUCUAAUUAUAUUCAUUCAUCUUCCUCAACAAAAUUAGUCCCAAGCAACACUUUAACUCAAGGUGCUAAUAUGUCUUGUGAUAUAUCCGAUCCAACUCUUGGUAUAUAUGUCAAUCAUGUCUUAGUGGUUGAAGUCGUGAUAGCAGAAGAAUCAGUUCAACCUCGUGCAAAAGACUAUAUAACAAACCCUCCAGCUCCCCAUCAAAAAACAAGCCCAACUCAUUCCGCAAAUUCCAACUCAAACCCUCCCAAUAAUAACAGCGAACUGAAAGCUUCUAAUGAAAUAACUGAUUCAACUGAAUCUGGGAUCCCUACAGGAAGUGCCAGAGUACUUCGAAUGCAAUUUAACUUAAAUGUUGCUGAAAGAUCUGGUUUUGGUAUCGCUUGGGAUGAUGAAGUCCCUCCAACUUAUGAAGCUGUCAAAUCUUUAUCACCACCCACUUAUGCUGAAGUCACUGAUUCUCCUUCUUUAUUAUGUCUAUCUCCAUUGCUUCAAGCUCACGUAUCGAGCCAUUCAACAUCAACUAAUAGCAACUACAACUUGUUUAAUCUUUCAAAUCCAUCUAAUGAAAGAUCGGCAGUCUUUUACGGAUUUGGUCAAACUCCUGCUAUGAUUCCAAUGAGAAGUUCCAAUGGCUCAAGCUCAGAAAGCUUUUUUGGAGUAAUUGAUUCUAACAUGAUUGAUGAUUUACAAAUUUAAUCAUACUAAAUUCAAAAUUUGAUGCUUUUUAUUAUAUUAAUCUUUUUAUCGUUUUAAUUGGUGUAUUUUUCUAUUUUUGGUAACCCUCUAUGGUUUUAUUAUAAGUUCAAUUUUAAGAAAGCUCUUUAAUCUUUUUUUUAUGCUAUUUUAUUCACAUUUUAAGAUUCUCACGAAACUCAUGAAACUUUAUUUCAAAAUUGGUUUUAAUAUUUAAGACCAGAAAUCAUUGUCUACCCUGUAUUAGUAUUUUCAUAGUUUAUAAUGUUCUAUAGUUCAAAACACGCAAAUAAAAUUCAAAGUCUUCAUAAAU